AUGGGAAGCACUAACAACAAUACAACAAACACAAAAUGUUAUAGAUCUAUGAGGAAAAAUGAACAUCCACAUAAAGUAAACAUUACUGUGAGGAAAGAUGAGAAAUCCAUCUCUGAUAGCAAAUGUGCAUGUGUAAUAUUUAUAUUCUAUGUUCUGCACAAAUGCAUGAUAUAUAUUACAACAAAAUAUUUUUUUUCAGGAACAUGCUCACAUGUUGUAAGACUAGUGCAUACAAUUGCACAUUACCAGAAUUUAAAUUCAAAAGAGGUUCCAGCUGAACUGUCGUCUACAAGUUUACCACAGCAAUGGCAUAAACCAAGAGGGAAAAAAAAUCAAACCUCAGCCUGUUGUCUCAAUGACACUUGCAGACCCAGCAAAACUACCAGCCGAAAGGAAGAGAAAACCAAUCUUCACCCCCAAAAAAAAGAGAGAAUCACAGCCUCCAUUUUUUCAAAAGUGGCAAAAAGAAAAAGGGAUAUAAAGGAAACAUUUUUGAAUUCUAUUUCCAAUAAAAAACAGUUUACAUUAGCAUCAACUUCCUAUGGAAUAGCUAACGAGAUUAAGGCAAAGGAAAAGUAUGCUGGCAAAUGUGGUAACAGCCAUUUACAUGCUUGUGGAUUAGUUUCAAAUCCAAGUUUUAGUUUUCUUGGAGCUACACCAGGGCCCAGUUGUUCAAAAGUGUCGUUAGGCUAACGACUGCGUUAAACUGUCGUAAACGUGUCGUUAUAAUUUAACGAUAAUGUUAAGUGUUGUUCAAAAAUAUUAUCGCUAACUUUUGUGUUAAACUCUCGCUAACUUUAAUCAUAUUUUUACCCAUGAUUAAAUACUAACGACUGCGUUAAACAUGGCUGGCUUAGCAUUAUACAAUGUUCCUCAACAAAGAAGACCGCGACAUUUUCGCAACAGGGAUGGCUUAUCUUUGGAUUUCACUGAUGAGGAGUUAAGGACACGAUAUCGAUUCAGCAGACGUAGUAUGUUGGUGCUCUCAGACCUUGUUAGGGAUGACUUACAGAGAGGGACACACAGAAACCAUGCAUUCACUGUGGAACAGCAAGUCAUGGUUACACUAAGAUUUUUGGCCAGUGGAAGUUUCCUACAAGUUGUUGGAGACACACUUGGUAUGUACACACAUGGAAAAGACACCUAACUGGGAAAGUGGCAUCUUACUUGGGGAUAGUGGAUAUCCAUGCCGCCCAUUCAUCAUGACGCCUUAUGCCCGUCCUGCAAAUGAAGACCAGACAAGGUUUAACAGGCAUCAUGCUACAACAAGAUGUGUAAUAGAAAGGACCUUUGGGAGAUGGAAAAGGCGUUUUCAUGUACUUCAUUCAGAGAUUCGUAUGAAACCUGAAAGGGUAUGUAGCAUUAUCAUGGCUUGUGCCAUUCUGCACAAUAUAGCUUUGUGGAUGAAUGAGCCUGAACUGCCAGAAGAUCAAGAAGAGGAGAUGCCUAAUAUAGAUGCAGUGUACAAAUGGAGCCAAUGAUGGAAGAAGAAUGAGGGAUCACAUCACUCAGAUGUACUUCACACAUUACAUUCGCACAUUAAAUUCUUAAUUACCUUUCCACUUUAUUAGGUCUUUCCACUUUUUUGUGGAAAGACCUAUUGUAUUUGUUCUGGUUAUUAUUUGGUCUUUCCACUUUUCUGUGGAAAGACCUAUUGUAUUUGUUCUGAUUAUUAGGUCUUUCCACUUUUCUGUGGAAAGACCUAUUGUUUUUGUUCUGAUUAUUAUUAGGUCUUUCCACUUUUCCAUGGAAAGACCUAUUGAUUUUGUUCUGAUUAUUUUUUUUUUCUUCCCCCUAAUUUUUUUUUCUUUCGCUGUUUGGUUGUUUCGCAAGAUGUCGAUUUGAUAUUUGGUAUAUUAUAUCGAACAGUUUAUGCGCUUUCAAAACUGACCCUGCUUAACCGAAUACUUUUCUUUGUAAGAGUUAUCUCCCCGAACACUAUUUAUCUUGUGUUUGCUACUUCUUCGCAACCGUAAAAGAUUACGACAAAUUUAUUUUACCAAAUUGCUCGUUAUGUCUUCAGGAUUAAGGGUAUCAUUUGAACCGAAGUUAUCUGGAGACUUCAUAUCAGAGUUAUUUCCCCUUAUGCAUUUGAUAUAAGUAAUUUGCAAUGGUAAAUGAAAAACCAAAAGUGUUAGAGACCUAGGGUCUUUGGAUUUGAGGUCCUUGGUCCAAAAAAAAAGAAAAAUGGGUCAAGGUCAAAUUCUAAAUUUUGAUUUUGGCUUAUUCUCACUUCUUUUCAUAAACCGUACAAGAUAUUGACAAUAUAUUUCUAAUAAUUUGUCAUUUGAACAUGUGGUAACUUCUAAAUUUUGGUUCAAAGGAAUCCAUAUAUUUUGUAUUGUAGAUACAUUAACUUAUCACUAAAGACUAGAAGUGACUUUCGAUAAACAGGAAGUGGCCAAUUAUCUCCUGGUUUACAGGCAAAAGUAUAUACAAACUAUAUAUUUUUGGAAUCAGUGUGAAAAAAAGCUAUCAUAUGAGACCUGAAGUGACAUUUAAUUCACUGAAAGAAGCAAAUUAUCUCCCUUAUAUGACUCAAAAGUAUAUCGAAACCACUUAUGUAUCGCAUCAAAAUAAAUUAACUAUCUUCUUUUCAAAAUUUCUUUGAUGUGGAAAGACCUUCAAUUGUUCUCUGAACAAUUGGUUUCUGUAAUUUUGUCUCUCUUUAUUUUUCAAGAGGUAGAAGUUCUGCUUCCUUCAUAAAUUGUAUACAGAUACUUUAUGUUACGAAGUUUUUUGCUGUCAUGUGAAUUUCUCAAUCAUUAUUUAUAGGUUAGACAGUUUUUGGUCUAUUGAAUUAUUGCUAGGUUUCAUAUCAAUAAGUAAAAUUGAGAAUGGAAAUGGGGAAUGUGUCAAAGAGACAACAACCCGACAAUAGAGCAGACAACAGCCGAAGGCCACCAAUACAUGGUUCACCUGACCUCACAUAAGAAUAAAACAUAUACCGUAUAGUCAUUUAUAAAGUUUUUGUGAUAUUUGUAGUUAUAAUUUUAUCUUAAAGACUUUCUGCAUAAAUUGAAUUGUGAUCAGCCUCAGAAAGCAGUUGAACAUAUCAGUGUGGGCACUCCUGUUUAUGAAAUGGUUUUUGCCAGUGGAAAAUAAAAAAUAAACCAGACAAAGAGUCAUUAUAUAAAUAUAUAUAUAUAUUUAAGAUAAACAAAACAAAAAAACAACAGGUUAACAUUAGAAAUAGAAUCUUUAUAUUCUACUGCUCCAUGAAAGACAGCAACCCAGCAGUAAGAUUGUCAUCAAGCUUGCUGUGUAGUCUUUCAUACAACUGAAUUUGGAGGUUUGUUUUAAUUAAUUUUCUCUCCAAAACUUGACACUGCAGACUGUAGACAUCAUCAGCUGUCUUUUUCUUCGGUUUUUUUUUUGUGGUGGUUCCUGUUCAUCG